GGACAUGAUAUUGAAGGACAAUAUUGAAGGACAAACAGCUGUUGAAGUUUAAGAUUGUCGGCUUAUAGAGAUUUAGGAAAGUUGAAGGUACAAUGGCAAAGGUCAUCACAGUUUUCGGUGCAAGUGGGAACCAGGGAGGUUCAGUCGCCCGAGCACUGGCCCAGGACAGUCAGUUCAAGGUCCGAGCAGUUACGAGGAAUCCAACCAACGAAAACAUCAAAAAUCUCUGUGGCUACGGCAAUGUUGAGGUCAUCCGCGCGGAUGCAAAUGAUCGAAAAAGCAUUGAAGCAGCCUUGCAAGGCGCAUAUGGUACAUUUGUUGUGACCGCCGCUGACUUCAAUGAUCGGAAUUCGGUCAAGAAGGAGACUGACCAAGGCAUGACGAUAGCUAAAGCCUGCAAAGAUCAUCCUACUUUGAAACAUAUAAUAUUCAGUACGCAGUUGUCUCCGCGUGAGGUACUGGGGCAGGAGGCGCGGCAAUGCGACGCGAAGACCGAAAUCGAUAGAAACAUGCGGAAGAUGAAUCUGCCUAUGACUGCUGUGGAGAUUCCCUGCAACUAUGAGCGAUUGUUUGAGGAUUUACGGCCAGAUCAAGUAGACGUGGACCAUUUCAGAUUAUAUAUCCCAAUGGGUCAAGUCCCGAUGGACUUCAUCUCAAGAGAAGAUGUCGGCGAAGUCGUCCGUAGAAUCUUCACCCAGACGGAGAAAUUCGUCCACAAGACGCUUGCCAUCAGCGGGGAUAAGUUGACUGUGAAACGCAUGGCUGAGGAGAUGACGAGUUGCCUGUAUGGAAAACAGGUCUUUGAUAGACAGAUGACGUAUGCCGAAUUCCGAGACCUGCCGAUUCAUGGCGCCAGGGACUUAGCAAACCAUUUUGACUUCUGUGCCCGGGUAGACCAGCGAUUCAAUGUGUCGGCAACCAAGGAAGUCUUCCCGUACGUACGGACAUUCAGUGAUUGGUGCCGAGAGAAACAAAACAUCCUGCAAAGAAUUUGCAGUUAAUUUCCUAAUUCCUCUUGGUUUUGUGUAUGGACACAGACAUGACGUCAUCUCGAACGUCACGCGCACGUAGACACUGGUUGGGCGCAUCCUUCUACUGUACAACUACCUUGCUCUUGGCGGGCCGAGACCUGGCCGGCGAAAUUAUUGAUAAUAGAUGACAUAAUAUUGGAGAACUAUUGAUUACAGAAGUUGGUUUCCUUUCCUCACUCCAGUAGACUUUCAAGGCUUGUCAUGAAGGGAACGUCUCUCGCCAUGGAGCCAGCCUGCUUCCUAGUCAAGCAUUGCGGCGAAGUAACCGACUUCUGUUUCAGAAACUUGAUACUAUAGUGGAGCCUAUUGGCGCCAGUAUCAACCCUUUUGCCUCAAUCACACAGGAUUUCGAAAGAAAGAUCGAAAGAAUGUCUGUCUCUUCUCACGAUCACAAGCGUUGUUAUUUGAGAUCUAAGCCUGUCUCACUACCUCAACACUCAGACUGAUCACAUUCCUCGCUUGAAGGAUAUCUAUCAAAUCUCUGUAAUAACUGUGUUUGGCAAAGCCAUAAUUGCAUUCCUUGCUACCCAGCUGAGUAGGCCUAUGCUAGAAUCAUUACUACCGCCUUCUUCAAGUGUUAAUUAACCUCUCAAAUUUGGUCAGCAAACUCAAUUACCCGUGGCCAAAUCUAUCAUGAUAGUCUUAAAAGGAAGGGUUACCCCCCCCCCCCCCCCAAAUCGGUAACCGUACUUAUUUUCGGUUUCAACGCCCGAGACUAUGGCGCAGUGAAUAGUACCGUAGUGAUAGUAGUCCUACACGAUGCCUCAACAUGGCAGAUGUAAACAAGCAUCAUCUGCUUGGUGC